CCUCGCGGGCUCCGGCCGGCCCGAGGGGCUGCGGCGCUACCGGGGUGCGGGGUGGGGAGGCUGAGUGGCGGGCACCGGGGCACGGGAAACCUGGAGCUAUCUGCCCUUCUGUCUCCCGAGUUUCAUUUUGUUGAUACGCAGCACGUCCGGGUGCCGAACCGGGCUGAGCCGAUGCACAUGACCCCGCACUGGGCUCACGUGCAGCCGGUCCAGUCCUAGACACCUUCCGGGGGCCACCGCCUCCGCCCUGCGCCCCCUUUCCAGGCUGGGUGCACGAGGGAGCUGCACGCGGGGGCAGCAUGCUCGGUUCUUGGGUUCAGAGGCAUUGCACAAAUUAGUUUUUUUUUUUUUUCUUCUUAAGGGGCGGGGGACAACGUUCCCAGGGCCCCAGGCGAACACACCAGCCCUCCAGGCCCUCCGGUCCCAUCUUCCUUGGGCGGGUUAGGACUCGCAGAGCAAUCUACUAAGCAGAUGGAAGAGAAGAGGCGAAAAUAUUCCAUCAGCAGCGACAACUCUGAUACCACUGACGGUCACGUGACAUCCACAUCAGCAUCAAGAUGUUCCAAACUGCCCAGCAGCACCAAGUCGGGCUGGCCCCGGCAGAACGAGAAGAAGCCCUCAGAGGUUUUCCGGACAGACUUGAUCACAGCCAUGAAGAUCCCAGAUUCAUACCAGCUCAGCCCGGAUGACUACUACAUCCUGGCGGACCCGUGGCGACAAGAAUGGGAGAAAGGGGUGCAGGUACCUGCUGGAGCGGAGGCCAUUCCAGAGCCUGUGGUGAGGCUCCUCCCACCACUGAAAGGCCCCCCCACGCAGAUGUCCCCAGAUAGCCCCACACUUGGUGAGGGUGCCCAUCCUGACUGGCCAGGAGGCAGCCGCUACGACCUGGAUGAGAUCGAUGCGUACUGGUUGGAACUUCUCAACUCGGAGCUCAAGGAGAUGGAGAAGCCCGAGCUGGAUGAGCUAACGUUAGAGCGUGUUCUAGAGGAGCUAGAGACAUUGUGCCACCAGAAUAUGGCACAGGCCAUUGAGACACAGGAGGGGCUGGGCAUCGAGUACGACGAGGACGUUGUCUGCGACGUGUGCCGUUCCCCUGAAGGCGAGGAUGGCAACGAGAUGGUCUUCUGUGACAAAUGCAAUGUCUGUGUGCACCAGGCAUGCUACGGGAUCCUCAAGGUGCCUACGGGCAGCUGGCUGUGCCGGACCUGUGCCCUGGGAGUCCAGCCUAAGUGCCUGCUCUGCCCCAAGCGAGGAGGAGCCCUGAAGCCCACUAGAAGUGGGACCAAGUGGGUACACGUCAGCUGUGCCCUGUGGAUUCCUGAGGUCAGCAUUGGCUGUCCAGAGAAGAUGGAGCCCAUUACCAAGAUCUCGCAUAUUCCGGCCAGCCGCUGGGCCCUGUCCUGCAGCCUCUGCAAGGAGUGCACAGGUACCUGCAUCCAGUGUUCCAUGCCUUCCUGCAUCACAGCAUUCCACGUUACGUGCGCCUUUGACCGAGGCCUGGAAAUGCGGACUAUAUUAGCUGACAAUGACGAGGUCAAGUUCAAGUCACUUUGCCAGGAGCACAGUGACGGGGGCCCUCGGAGUGAGCCUACUUCUGAGCCUGUGGAGCCCAGCCAGGCCGUUGAGGAUCUGGAAAAGGUGACCUUACGCAAGCAGCGGCUGCAGCAGCUGGAAGAAAACUUCUAUGAGCUAGUGGAGCCAGCUGAGGUGGCUGAACGGCUAGACCUGGCUGAGGCACUGGUGGACUUCAUCUACCAGUACUGGAAGUUGAAGCGGAGAGCUAAUGCCAACCAGCCGCUGUUGACGCCCAAGACUGACGAGGUGGACAACCUGGCCCAACAGGAACAGGAUGUCCUCUAUCGACGCCUGAAGCUUUUCACCCACCUGCGGCAGGACCUGGAGAGGGUAAGGAACCUGUGCUACAUGGUGACAAGACGGGAGAGAACGAAACACACCAUCUGUAAACUUCAGGAGCAGAUAUUCCAUCUACAGAUGAAACUUAUUGAGCAAGACCUUUGCAGAGAGCCUUCUGGGAGGAGGUCAAAGGGCAAGAAGAAUGAUUCAAAAAGGAAAGGCCGAGAGGGUCCCAAGGGCAGCAGCCCUGAGAAGAAAGAGAAAGUGAAGGCUGGGCCCGAGUCUGUGCUGGGGCAGCUGGGUCUAUCCACCUCGUUCCCCAUCGACGGCACUUUCUUCAACAGCUGGUUGGCACAGUCGGUUCAGAUCACAGCAGAGGACAUGGCCAUGAGCGAGUGGUCUUUGAACAGUGGGCACCGGGAGGAUCCUGCUCCAGGUCUGCUGUCAGAGGAAUUGCUACAAGAUGAGGAGACGCUGCUCAGCUUCAUGAGGGACCCCUCGCUACGACCUGGUGACCCUGCCAGAAAGGCCCGAGGCCGCACUCGCCUGCCUGCCAAGAAGAAACCAUCCCCGCUGCAGGAUGGGCCCAGUGCACGGACCACUCCAGACAAGCAACCCAAGAAGGCCUGGGCCCAGGAUGGCAAGGGGACGCAAGGACCACCCAUGAGGAAGCCACCACGGAGGACGUCUUCUCAUUUGCCGUCCAGCCCUGCAGCUGGGGACUGUCCAGUCCCAGCAACACUGGAAAGCCCUCCACCACUGGCCUCCGAGAUACUAGACAAGACAGCCCCCAUGGCUUCCGACUUAAAUGUCCAAGUGCCUGGCCCUACAGUGAGCCCCAAACCCUUGGGCAGGCUCCGGCCACCCCGAGAGAUGAAGGUCAGUCGGAAAUCUCCGGGUGCUAGAUCCGAUGCUGGGACAGGACUACCGUCUGCUGUGGCCGAGAGGCCAAAGGUCAGCCUGCAUUUUGACACCGAGGCUGACGGCUACUUCUCUGAUGAGGAGAUGAGCGAUUCUGAGGUAGAGGCAGAGGACAGUGGGGUACAACGAGCUUCCAGGGAGGCAGGGGCAGAGGAGGUGGUUCGCAUGGGGGUGCUGGCCUCCUAAUUCACCCAGGCCCUGCCCUGGUCCCCCUACAAGGCCUCAGCCCAAUCACAACUGCCAUUUCCAACUGCUGAGUGUCUCAGACCCACCACUCUGUCGUGGUUUUAUUUUUAAUAUAGAGAGAGUUCUGAAUUCCACCCCGUUGUCUUUCCUCUGUGCUGGCCUAGGACAUUAGGAUUCCUCCCGUGGCCCCGGCCACGGGGGACUAUACCAGGUUCUAUGUGCCACCCCGGUCCCAGCCCAUGCCACAUCGCUGGGCUUCUGGCUUGAUGUAGACAAGGUGAGGGAGAGAGCUCAGGGCUCCUGCCCACUGCCAUUGGGUGACACAGACUGUCGUUUGGGCAUUAUUUCAUGGCAGAUGGGCCAUCCCAGGGCCUGCCCCGCCUUGUCCCCCCAGGUUGCACUGGGGUCCAUUUUGGGUGGGGAGGUGUCCUGCUGCACUCCGCUGAUCCGUAAGGAAGUAUAUAACAAGUGAUACCCAGCCAGUCUAUUCACUGUCACAAGCACAACGAGUCUCUAUGAGAAAGCACUGAGGGGGCGCAGGGGGCCCACUGGCUCCUGAGUAGCCCACACCAUCUGAGGCCCGCCCUCCCGCCCGCCCGCAACCCCUCCUCCCUUGCUGCUCUGUCCCUGCCAGUGCCCAGCCCAAGCAGCUCUGAGAAAGGGUUCCCUGGAUCCUUCCUGAGCUGUGUUCUUUACUCAGGGGACUCCCCAAACGGUCCUCCCCGUGUACAGGUGGAGGGCUCCAAGGGAGGGCCAGUGCCCAGCCCGGGACUUGGGGCUCAGAUCAGCCCACUGCAGAGAAUCACUCUGGGGCUCUAACUUCCUUCUUUCUUCCUUUGGGGCCAGUCUCGGCCACAGUCUUGCCGUCUCCAUUAUGGAGCUGGCCAGACCAGACCGUUUGCCUUUUGACGUUUCCUAGUCCUGCUAAGAGAUGAGCUUCCUCUUCGGUUUCCUGGUGGAAACAUCCUUCCAACAAGUGUAGUGGGAUCCCGGGGCCCAGGGCAGGCCGAGGCUGGCCUGCUGUGGCUGGUUGAAUGUUGCUGGAUCUUCCUGGAUUACUCUGUCCCUUAGCGCCUUAACCCCUUUCCUUCCCUACUGUACGCCCCCCCUUCCUACUCCUUCCCAAAUCCUUCCUCCUCCAAGCCCCCAGGUAGUACUGAAGAGUUUUGAUGGAGUGGCCCCAGGGUGAUAGAUAGCUCAGGGAACAAAGGAAUUCCGUGAAAACAUUUUUUUUUUUCUUUUAUGAAUUACUCUUGGGUCACUUCUGCCACUGGGAAAGCCAGAACUUCUCCAACCAGAACCUUGCAAAAGUCCAGUGAACCAGUCGAAUCAUUCUGAGAAUGCCAAAGAAUCUUUUGACCAUAAUACACAGCACAGCCCGGACCUGACAACUGUCGACUUGAACUUCCUCUUCAAAGGAAUUGGUUAGCAACAAAGUUCAGAGACUCGGUUAUUGCACACACCUACAGAGAAAGGGCCCAAGGCCUCAGAGGAGGCCGCCGCUGCUGCUGCUGCUGUUGGUUUACGGUCCCUGGGCUGAGCCGCUGUGAGUGUGGUCCUAAACUUUGAGGACUCCCUCCCCCUUUUGAGGGGGGGAGAACCCUGACUGUGAAUCCAGCGUGGUUCCCCCAUUGCCACCACUUAGAUACACAAAGAGCAAAACACACGGGACCUUCACCCACCUCGACUCCAAAACUAUCAAGGUACGACAGUGAGUUUGAGCAAAAUCAGAAGCAAAGAUUAAUGACUUCAGUUUGGGGAUUGGACACACGUGUCUUAUCCAAAUGGACUCCGAGGGCGUGGGGUGGGCUCCAAGGAUCCUGGGCAUCCGGAUGGCAUCGGCUACCACAUAGACUUAGUCUGCCUGCCCGUCUCGGUAGUAGUGACAACUCAGUCGACGUCGGCAUCCCCCGCCCCGUCUCUUGUUUACUGCCUCUGAACAGACCUUCCUCUCACCUGUGCUUUGAGUCACUUCGGGUCGCAAUUUCAUCUGCUGAACUGCCUGGUGGUCUGACCUGUGGGACACGAAGGGCAUGGGGGCUUAAAGAACAAUCAAACGCUGCAGGGGGAGGGAGGGAAGCCCAGUUGUUGUCUGUGACCCCUUCAGUAGACCGAGCCCACGGCAGUCUUCAUCCAGCAGCUGUCUCCACUCCUAAGAUGUCCAUCAGGCUGCAGGGAGGAUGCGGAUGUCCCAUAACCUCUCCCUAGUUCCUCCCAGGCCACACUGUCUCGGGUGUAGAUGGUUUUGCCACACUAUGACCAAGGCACCUUUUCCAGGCCUGAGGCAAUGCCCACUCUUGCCCUCACCCACAACCCCUCUCUAGAGAGGGAGAAAGGACUCUGUGACUCGUUCUGGCUAACGUACCCCUUCCACCUCAUUUCCUCAUCACAGGAUACAGGCUAAUGUGCAAGGAAAGUAUUUUUCUGUAUCAUAAGUGUAUUUUGAAACAAGUAAAAGAAAGAUAGAAUGCUCGUUUACUUUAUUAAAUGGGCUCUGAUUUUGUGAAAGGCGAGAGAGUGAGUUAAGGGCCUCAGGUUUGUUGGAGAAGCCAACCACCCAGGUUCCCGGGCAUGGGUGUCGGACUGUGUGCGUGCGUGUAGCAGAGUGCUGUGCAGGUGUAUGUGCAAUGCAUGGGUACCCUAUGAAACUUGUUGGGGUUUCUAGAGAUUCAACUGCCUGAUUCUACAGGAAUAUGGCAGCAGGUUAGACUUUGGGUUUCCUCACCGUUGUCAUGUAAGGUCACCCUUUGCCCAUACCUGAAGCUCUGCAUAACAAUCCGUGAUCUCUGUAGUAAGACCCUUGAGGCCACUCUCCCGUGCCCUUGGCCCAGCUGGCCACAUUGGCCAAAGAGCCAGAAGUGUUGGAGUCGGGGACCUUUGGUUGUUCUUUAAGCCGCUUCCUGCUGCCUUCUCCCAAGGAUGCACGCUUGUGCUCCAUCCAAAUCAUUUGGGGAUGGUGGUGGGGAAGGUGAUAUGAAUGUCACAGGAGGAGACACCUUCUGUCUUUGUUUCAAAGAAAGUGAUGUGCCAUUUGUUAAUAUACAAGAGAAAUAUUGAAAAAAUAUAUUGAAAAGAGCAAUUUUAAAUUAUUUUUGGCUUAUGUUGCAAUAUUUAUUUUCUUGUAUUAGAGAAGAUUUCUUUGUAGAGAAAAAUGUAUUUUUCAUUACCGCAAAGACCUAUUUCUCCUUUUUGUACAUUGUCCUUGUUCGCGACCCUUAACGAGCAAUAGAAUGUUCGGUCACCCCUGCGUGGCCAGUGCCCACUGUGCCCUGCAUGAUUGUGUUGCUGCUGCUGCUGCUGCAUAGUUUCUGGCCCCGUCCCGUCCUGCUCACUCACUGGGGCAUCCGGAUUGCCGGCCCCCACCAGGGUCUGUGUCUAAGGAGCCCACAGCACUCCUCAUGUGUUGGCAAACUCGGUUAAUAAAGCAAUGUUCUCUGUGCUGGC